AUGGGUGUAUCAGAAUGGGCUACUACGAACUUCCUGAAGUUUUCGACUCUCGUUGAGGAUCUCAUUGACGUAAUAGUUGUCCUUGGUGAAGAUUUUGAGAGCCAGCAGUUCAUCAUUGGAAAGAGUAAUGUCUGGAAUCAACAUAAUAGCAUUUUAUCCAUUGUCUUCAUUGGUGAAACUGCUGAAAGUCCAGGACCUUUUCUCACUCCUGGCUGCAGCCUCACUCAUCCUGGUGCACUGAGGUAUAAGUCAAUGAAGAAUCCACCAAGAAAGGGGGUGUGCCAGCCAUCAGUGCCGGGCUCUGCCUGCAGCUUCACCGGGACAGUCACACAUGCAGGAGCCCGGAGGGGCCACGAUGUGGCCCCUGUGCAUGGAGUCAUGGCACCCAGAGUGAGCCCCCGAAGGGCCAGGAGAUACCUCUUCCUAUGUACCCUCUGCCUGUCCUGCACCCUCCUCUGCUACAACCUGCUCCUCCGGGGACACUCCAGCAUGCACAGCCGAGGCUACCAGCAACUCAGCUGCCCACCUUACCCUCCGAUCCUGGGGGGCAAGAAACUCCUGCAGAAGAUGCCCCUCUGCCAACCCUCCGGAGCUACUUCCACCUCUCCCAGCACCGAUCUACCGUACACUGAGUGGACUGGCAGGAACCAUACUGAACCUUCCCAAAUAACGGGCACCCCACCAAAACCCAGCCAGCACCACACUCACUCCCCUGCCAACAGCACCACUGCCCUCCGCUACGGGCACAAGAGGCUCCCCCAAGCCAUCAUCGUAGGGGUUAAAAAAGGUGGCACCAGGGCAGUGCUGGAAUUUAUUCGGGUGCACCCAGAGGUGAGAGCCAUGGGCACCGAAUCCCACUUCUUCGAUAGGAACUACGAGAGGGGAUUGGACUGGUACAGAAAUUUGAUGCCUCGAUCCCUGGACAGACAGAUCACCGUAGAGAAGACCCCCAGCUAUUUUGUGACAAGGGAGGCUCCCCGGAGAAUCUCACAUAUGUCCCCUCGGGUCAAGCUGAUAGUGGUGGUCCGUAACCCCGUGACCCGUGCAAUCUCAGACUAUACACAGACUCUAUCCAAGAAACCAGACAUCCCUAGCUUCAGUGAGCUGGCUUUCCAGAACCGGACAACCUGGGAGGUGGACACUUCAUGGAAUGCCAUUCGGAUUGGACUUUAUGCUCUGCACCUGCAGCCUUGGCUUAACCAUUUCCCAAUUUCCCAAAUGCACUUUGUAAGUGGAGAGCGACUGAUCACAGAUCCAGCAGGAGAAAUGGCUAGAGUACAAGACUUCCUUGGCCUCAAACGUCUCGUCACAGACAAGCACUUUUAUUUCAACAAGACCAAGGGCUUCCCCUGCCUCAAGAAACCCGGGGGUGGCGGAGCACCUCGCUGUUUAGGCAAAUCUAAGGGUCGGACUCAUGUACAGAUCAACACUGAGGAUAUAGAACAGUUAAGAGAGUUCUACAGACCUCAUAACAUCAAGUUCUAUGAGACGGUGGGCCAGGACUUCCACUGGGAAUAGUCUCAAGACAGAACUAGAUAAGCUGGUAGAAAGAGGGAGAUUUUUGUGUGAAACAUCAAAUGGGUUAAAAACUUAGGACACAAAUUGGAAACCAGACUGUGAAGCCCAUUAUUGGAAUAUAAAAUAAAAGAGAUCAUUUAGGGAAUUUUAAAGGUCCUUUUAAGCAGAGAAGAGAGAAAGUGCUGGGAUGAAGGGAUGACUAUGGUGAUAACCUAAAUAGAUGAAGGGAUGGCCAUGAUGGUACCUUAAGGAGAAGCCUGUUGAGGAUAAAACUCAAGGUGGUAGUACAGAAGUCUUCACUCUUACAAACCACUAUACAAAGGGUCUGUUCUAAACACUAAGUGGACAAGAAGAAAGCACGUUGCACUUUGCUUUUCCAUUACAGGUACCAGAGAAGAUAUUAAAGAUCUGUAGAUGGAGACCAAAGCAUGACAUACAACUACAAGCUGGUCUUAUGUAAAAGGCACAGCAACCAGCACACAUCGGCUACCAGCAGUAACAUAACGUGGAAAAAGAGGAACAUUCAAAGGACACAAAACAUCUGGAGAUCAUAGAGCAUUUCUCCCUCGAUGUUCAUAAUGAUUGGAACUAUACACCAAAAUUUACUUUUAUAUAAAAAUAUAUAUAUACUUGUAAGAUGCGUAAUUCAUAGCAGGUUUAUUUCACCAAAUGGCUACCCUGCAUAUAACAGAAGCACCCUUUUAAAAUAAAAAUGAUGAGAUAAUGAGGGGUUCUAAACCACAUGUGUUUUGGAAGGAGGAGGAAAUAUACAAAUAUUUAAGUCAUAUGUAUGCUUGAGAUAUAUAUAGGUAGAUUCAG